AAGAGGGAGCGGCAGGGACGAUUCCACGCACUAAAUAAGCAGUCACUCCAGGAGUCACACUGUUGUCGUCAUCACAUCUAUUUUUCCAGGGGAAGUACAUAUGAGCAGGUUGCACAUAUUGACAGAUGAGAAUACUUGAAGCAGAGUCCUUGUGAGACAAACUGAUUGAUUUUUGCGGGUGGAUAUCAGUUUGUUAACGAACGGUCCGCUGGAGAAACAAAAGAAAGUGGUCUAAGUUGGUCUCAGAGAUUCCAACACGAGAGGUCAAAGCAGUUGCCAUGGAAACUAUUUUGCUCAUCGUCUCUUCGCUCCUUGUAUAUAUGACUGCUGCAACAAACACUGAUACAGAGGGGGCUACCAAUACAUCUGAAAACCCAUUUAUUUAUGACUAUGAGACCUUGAGGAUUGGGGGAUUGGCAUUUGCAGUGGUGCUGUUUACACUUGGCAUUCUUCUAAUCCUCAGUCGGCGAUGCCGCUGUGGUAUUAACCAGAAGCCUAGGGCCCCCGGAGAUGAGGAGGCACAGGAGGAGAAUCGGAUUGUCUCCAAGGCUGCAGCAGCUGCCAAGGAGACUCCACCAGAGAACUGAGGCAACUCUAAAGAACUACCUUCUGAAAUGAAGAUUUUAUUUGAUACUUAUCCACAAUAAUAGUGAAGGUGUGGGUAAUAACCGGUCAUGCGAUAGGGUAAGAGGGGAGGUAUAUGUUUAGAGGUGUAAUGCUGAUAUGUACAUAAUUCUUGUGUCUGCUGUUCUUCGUCGUGAUCAUGCCAGUCCCUCCCUCGCUGCCUGUGCUCUUGUCCAUUCCUGUGCCUUUCUGUGACCGUGUCUCCACUUUAUUGUCGUAGUCAGUAGCACCUUUAAUGCAAGACUGUCUUUAAAACAAAAGAAGACUUUCGAAUCUUAUGUGACCUGCUGUUUCUAAUUGUUUUGUUAAUUGUCCAGCAUCAUAUUUUGCCACACUUAGAAUAUAACACAUACAUAUAUAUAUAGUAUAUAUAUGUAUCAAUACGAUAUGUGUAUAAAUAGUACUGAUAGUUCACAGAAAUAUGAAUUUCUUCAUUUAUGUUUAAGUGUGAAUGGCUGGGUGUGUUUGUGUGGCCAUAUGAGUGUAGUUAUGUGUGCAUGUAUAUCCUGUAUGUGUAUGAUUGUGUGUACAUCACAAGUGCAUGUGCAUCUCUACAUGCAAAUGUGAUGAGCCUUAUAUAAGACAAUCUCAACUGCCACAGCUCUCUUGAGUGAGCACAGUAGUUUGCAGGUACCUGCACGGGCCCCUCCACCGCAGUGUUUAACAGUUCAUAGUGGAGGGAGCUUCUGCAUCAGCUAUCUCACUGCCACCUUCUCCACAUAUCCACUCCACUGCUCUGUCACUGGCUCCGUCAGGAUUAGCUAGUCUCCAGCAGGCUAUAAUUAGUUUUCCCAUACACAUUCACUGGUGCCACAAAUCUGUCGAGCCAGGGUAUCUUUCUUUUCUCUUUGUUAUUUGUUCAGUCAGUCUCAUGAUGUUUUAAAUAACCAGACAUGUAUUACACUGCCGGAAGAGAGAUUAAGUUUGUCUGUGGAGUUUGAGAGUCGUGAUAUUGAUAUUAUUUGUUUGCCAGACUACAUUAAUAGUAGCCUAAUGUAAGCCAAAUUAUAGAGAGAGUAUAGAUGAUUAGUCCUUGUUGUCAACCUGCUGCCAGGUCAGGUUUUAAGCAGUAUUAAGUCUGAAAUUAAACAUGACAGCUAUACAAGUAAAUAUGUUCAUUCUUCACACAAGAGCCUUGUUGUGUGGCAACCUGUUGUGCUUUUGGCAUAAAUAAAAGUGGCUGAACACAAAA